AUGCUUCAAGAUCGACAAUGGACAGGUUCUUUGGUUAAAUUUUCUGGUUUUGUGGAUAGAAUAGUUAAGGAAUUCUAUGCCAAUCUUACUAAUGAAAUUAUUGAACCUUCAUCUCCUCUGUAUAAUAAAGUGUUUGUUAGGGGCCAUUGGUUCUCUUUUUCUCCUCAAGACAUUGCUCUUGCUUUGCAUCUUCCCCUUGCUGUCGAGGAUGAUGUUGAUGGUGCCUCUCUUGACAAGGACAUGGUUAUCACUGAAUUGGUAGGUCAAAAAAUGGUAUGGCCAUCUAAUACAGUCAUCUCGGUCUCCAAUCUCACCUACACUUAUGUUGUUCUCCAUAAGUUUGCCACAACAAAUUGGAAGCUCACUUCUCACACCGCCACUAUCUCUUUCGAUAUGGCAUCAUUUUUGUACAAGGUGGGGACCGGUCUUGGUAUAAAUUUGGCUUCGGUUAUUCAUGAUCAAAUCAUUGGGUUUCGCAAAGGUAACAGGAAAAACUUGAAUCUUCCUUUUCCUCAAGUUAUUUAUAAAGUGUUGAGUAUGCAGAAAAAAGAUCUCCAACGUGAUCAAGAAGACUUGGUGGCACCCAUUACUGCUGCUUCCUACAAGGCCUCUGCCCCUCCUACUGAAGCCACUGCUGCUCCGUCCUCCAAGAAAGUCAAGCCCCAAUCUCUGAAGAUUGCCUCGGAUGACAUUCCUCAUGCCUCCUCCUCUGUUGCCACAGAUUCAGGACUUGUUGCAACAGAAAUAGCUGCUGUUCGAGCCUCUGUUGAUUCUUUGACUGCUCGAGUGAUGUCAAUUGAAGGACUGCAACAUUCUAUGUUGGAGGUUGUUCAAUCUCAGUCCAAAGAUCCAAUUGUUUAG